AUGUGCAAUGAUCCAGUCGUAAAGACGUUUCUUCGCACCGUUGUCCACAAUGAACAAGAAACAUAUGAAAGCUAUUGUGUCUAUGCUCAUCAUAUAGGAUUUUCAGUUAUGGAGGACCAUAGCAGCUAUUGGCCAAAUUCUAAGAAUAUUAAAAAUAAUGAUUUUAUUUGCGGAAAGGAUGGCCACAAGAAGGAGUCAAACCCGACAGACACCGUGAAGUUCAGAAAAGCUGACAUGAGGACUAGAUGUCAAAUCAUGGUUAGAAAUGCCAUUGAUGUUGAAGGUAUUUGGAAAGUGAAGAAAUUCAUUGGAAUUCAUAAUCAUCCUCUUGCCAAAAGUGGUGAAAAGCAUCUUAUGUGUUCCAGCAGAAAGAUAAGUGAGUUAAAUGCAAAUUUGUUGAGAUCAAUGACUAGAUCCGGGAUCAGAGCAACAGAUGCAUAUAACUUUAUGGCUACAGAGGUUGGGGUGGAGAAUCUUGAAUGCAUGAAAGGUGAUUCAUACAAUUUUAUUCAAAGAGAGAGAAGGGAAAGAAUAGAACAAGGAGACGUGAAUUCUCUAAUACAGUUGUUCAUGAAGAGGCAAGCUAAGGAUACCAUGUUUGCCUGA